AUGCUAAGGAUUUCCAGGACCAGAGUUGGAUGCCGUAUGGCAUCUCGAAUCCAAGCAAGGACUCUUCAACAACCUGUGACGCAGUUAAUUUCAUGUCGGAUGAUUUCAAGUACUGCGGAAACCGAAUCUGCUGAUCUCGGUUUUGCAAAAUCAAGCAAGGCAUCUAUCCAACCAACAUUCACACCAUUUGAUGCAAGUACUGCCGGAGUUGAGGCACAAGCUAGAACUACAUAUUUCAACCUAUGGUCUCUACUUGAAGCAUGUUUAAAUUCUGGGUACAUGGACCGUGCAUUUUCAAUUUUACAGUCAUUAUAUGAAAAUAGAAUGAAUGGGAAGUUCUUUAUUAGGGAUUAUAACGAGUAUUUCUUGAAGUACAGUUCUCAAGUUGAUAAUAUUGACGCUUUACAGGAAAAGCUUUUCAAUGAUUUAAACAAGGUAUUCAAGGACGUUUCAUAUGAUGACAGAACUCUAUCUAUUUUGUUGCAUAAAUCAUUGAAUUCCAUGGAUAAGAACAUGUACUUGAAUUGCAAGAAAUUUUUGUCCAUGAAUAUCAAUGGCCAUCGUUCCGUUCUAAAAAAUAUGGAUGUCCUAACAGUAGCGGAUUACUCUGCUCUAUGCAAUGAGAUGAAAAUGGUUGACGUAUCAGAAGUCCCAGAGUCAGUGAGAUCAAUAAUCGAAAAUUCAACGGAUGAUUUGAACUCGCUAACAAAUUCCGGAGAAAAGGGUAUUGAAACCUUAAAAAAGAACGCCGUGGAGCUAAAGUCCGUUGACACAUUUGGUAUGAAGACUGUCAGAAUUUCUCUACAAGGUUUAUCAUUAUCACCAGAGCAAAGAGAAAGAAUCGAUGAAUAUUUAAGCGAUCCCAAAUUGAACCCAAUAGUUUCAAACAGUUCACAGAAGGGCAUCAACUUCUUUGAGAUUUUCAAGAACUUGAAAACCAAAGAAGACAAAGAGGCGUUUAAUGAAUUCUUAGACAUGAUUAAUAUCGAAAGACAACGUGAAUUAGAAAACCGAUCAUUUGAUGCGUCAAAGGAGCGCUGGAAGUAUGAGUUUGACCAAGCAGCUUCACAAGGUGGUCUUAAAUUAAAGAAGAACAUGAAUGUGAGACUAUGGGAAUGGUAUCAACAAAUGUUGCCAGUUGUAAAACAAGAGAUAGCAUUGUGUCAAGAAAUUCUUGAAAAGCAACAACUGGGUUCGAACAAACAGAACGUUGAUAGAGCAAAAUAUGGUCCAUACUUGCUACUAGUCCCUGCAGAAAAGAUGUGUGUUAUUACCAUUCUAGAGUUGCUAAAGUUGCAGUCCAGUGGAGGUGUUACUGAAGGUAUGAGAACAGCAAGAGCUGUUCUAUCUGUAGGAAGAUCUAUUGAAAUGGAAUUUAGAUCUGAAAAGUUGUUGAGAAGUGAGAACAAAAUGUUCAAAGAGGUUAAUAAAAGGUCACAUGAAUUCAAAAUGUUCGUGCAGAAUGCAAAAACUGCAUUAAGAAAUAUGCAUGUGGAUGAAAACAUGAUUCAAUGGCCUUCGGAUGUGAAAGCCAAAAUAGGUUCUAUUCUAGUUUCAAUGUUAAUUCAUGUGGCAAGAGUUACUGUUGAGGGUAUUGACCCAAUCACUAAAGAGAAAGUCAUUGGUGAUGCACCAGCGUUUUGUCACACUUUCCAAUACAGAUCUGGUACGAAGAUUGGUAUUCUUAAGAUACACAGAAGUUUGGUCAAUCAACUAAGUGCUGAAAGAAUGACAACAAAUGUGCAACCUCAACAUUUACCAAUGUUAGUGAGACCAAGACCUUGGACUAAUUGGAAUUCUGGUGGUUAUAACUAUUCGCAAAGUGUAUUGAUCAGAUCUCGUGACUCUCCAGAACAAAUAGCUUACAUCAAGGCUGUUUCUGAGCAAGGAUCUAUUCAAAACGUAUAUGAAGGCCUCAAUGUUUUAGGAAAUACAGCUUGGACAAUCAAUGAAAAACUUUUCAAUGUCAUUUCAGAAGUAUGGAACACAGGAGAAGAAUUCUUAGAUAUUCCUCCUUUGCAAGACAAACUCGAGCUUCCAGCUCAACCUCCCAGAUCAGCAGAUCCGUUAGUUUUAAAAGAAUGGAGAAAUAAAUGUAGGCAGCUGACUAAUGAAUUUAAAGGUUUCAAGUCUUAUCGCUGUGACUCAAAUUACAAACUAGAAAUCGCAAGAGCAUUUUUGGGUGAAAAGUUCUACUUCCCUCAUAACAUGGAUUUCAGAGGACGUGCCUACCCCUUGGCCCCUCAUUUCAAUCAUUUAGGUAAUGAUAUGACAAGAUCCCUUCUAAUAUUCUGGAAUGGUAAGAGGCUAGGGGAAAAUGGCUUGAAGUGGCUAAAGAUUCAUCUAGCCAAUUUAUACGGUAUGGAUAAAUCUUCUUUUGAGGAAAGAGUAGCAUUCGCUAAUGCUCAUUUCGAUGAUAUCAAAGAUUCAGCAGAAAACCCACUUGGAGGGAAACGUUGGUGGACGAAGGCUGAUAAGCCAUGGCAAUUAUUAGCCACAUGUAUUGAAUUGAAUGAAGCGAUGAAGCUCGACAAUCCUGAAGACUUCAUCUCUCACCAACCAGUUCACCAGGAUGGUACUUGUAACGGAUUACAGCACUAUGCUGCCCUUGGUGGUGAUAUUGAAGGUGCAAGACAGGUCAACCUAGUUCCAAGUGAUCGUCCUCAAGACGUGUAUGCAUUUGUCGCCAAACUGGUUAGUGAAAGAUUAAGGAAGGCAGCAGAAGCCGGGGAUGAAAGCGCAUUGAAACUAAAGGAUUUGGUUUCAAGAAAGGUUGUUAAAAGAACUGUCAUGACCAAUGUGUACGGUGUUACUUUCGUUGGUGCUGCAGAUCAGAUCAUGAAGGAAUUGGAUGGUUAUUUUGAUAAUCCAGAAGAAAGUAACGAAUUAUCUAGGUAUUUGGCAAAACACGUUUUUGCUUCUAUCCGUGAACUAUUCCAUGCUGCUCAUUUAAUUCAAGAUUGGCUAGGGGAAUGUGCUAAGAAGAUUUCCAAGUCUAUAAGGUUGGACUUCAACCAAAGCGACUCUAAAACGAUUAAUAGCACUGAUCUGAUGACAUCUGUUAUAUGGACUUCGCCAUUGGGCUUACCAGUUGUUCAACCAUACAGAGAUCUAAAGAAAAAACAAGUUCAAACCAAUUUGCAAACGGUUUUCAUCACAGAUCCUUUUGCUAUAAAUCCUAUAAACCCAAGAAGACAACAGGCAGGUCUUCCUCCUAACUUCAUUCAUUCUUUAGAUGCAUCUCAUAUGCUUCUUUCUGCUAUCCAAUGUGGUAAGGCUGGUUUAGACUUUGCCGCAGUUCACGACUCUUACUGGACUCAUGCCUGCGACGUUGAUGAUAUGAACUUCCUAUUGAGACAAGAGUUCAUCAAUUUGCAUAAAAUAGAUUUAAUUGAAAGAUUAAAGAAUGAAUUUGACGAAAGAUACAGAGACUAUUUAGAAAUCGUAAAAAUCCGUAGGGAUUCUGAUCUCGGUAAAAAGAUAUUAGAAAUACGUUCUGAAUUUGCGAAAAAGGAGGGAAGAAACAUGACUAUUGCAGAUGAAAUUAAGAUGGAAAAGAUGAGAGUGGAUCUGUUGAGAUCUGAAGAUCCUGAAGAGCAGAGGAAGGGUAGGGAAAUGGUGACUUCAGUGUCAUGUACUCUUGAUUACGAUAUAAAGGAGGAAGAAAACAAAACUAAAAAUAAGGUUUCACAAAUCACUAUACUUACACCUUUAAGACUCCCUGAAAUCCCUCCAAAGGGUAACUUUGAUGUUGAAGAGUUGAUGAACAGUAAAUACUUCUUCUCUUAG